ACAGGCCUAGAAUUCUACUUCGGAAGCCAUCUGGUUGAUCAAAAGAUGCAGUGCCUCUCUCUGAUGCAGAAGAACCGAAUGAAAAUGGAAAACCCUCUUGGAUUCCUCUGCCUCAUCACCGUCAUCAUCACAUUUGUGUGAAUUGAUGCACCCGAAGGAAGCAUUUAGCAGGGUACCAUGGAGAACUACUGCAUCACCAAGGAACACCUCACCUCACCUCCCUCAGAAGAAGAAGAAGAAGAAGAGGCACCCACCCAGACGAAAGCAGCACAGGAAAUGAAAUGGAGAAAGGGAAAAAAAAAAAAAAAGGCAUCAGGUGAACAAGUAGUAGCAGUAACUUUGUCUGAGAGUUGGAAAUUCAAAAAAAGCAGUGCACAAGUGAGAAGCAUAAGUGGGAGUACACUGUACUCCAACCCUUCUUUCCUCGGUCGCUCGGGCAGAUUGCAGACACCCACAUGCCGUCCAAUUAUAAUAUCACCUCUCCCUCUGUCUUCUGAGGCUCGUCGCAGCCCGCCCCCCGCUCUCCUUUUGCUUGUGGGUUUCUGCAAAGGUGGCAGGGGAGUCAGAGAGCAGCAGCAGCAACAAAAGGCAGCAGAGGAACAGCAGCUGGGUUCAGAGAUGGGCGAGGAGAGCGCUGCAUCCCUGACCCUGCCCUUGCUUCUCCAUCUGAUGUCAGUCGCAAUAAGAACUGCGCACUGUCAUCAGGUGGCAGUGUCAGCAGCUGCACCCCCUCCUGACACCAUUCAUUUUAAACACACUGCUUUGCAAUCGAAACGCAAGCUAAAGCCAUAUUCUGACCACAGUGCAGUGGAUGUUACAAGUUGAUGCCGCUGCCUCUCUCCUCCUCCUCUCUUUCUUUGAUGCUUGCCAGUGCCAGCUUUCUUUCUUCAUUCCCCCGCUUCUCUUCGUUGGUGCUGCGGUUUUGGUUCGAGUGAGGAGGAGGAGGAUGAUGAUGAUGGUGGUGGGCGGGGGCAGCAGGUAUCCCUUCACUGCAUCCCAGUGGCAAGAGUUGGAGCUCCAAGCCCUCAUCUUCAAGUACAUGGUUUCAGGCAUCCCCGUGCCUCCCGAUCUCAUCCUCUGCAUCAGGAGGAGCCUCUUCGUGGAGCCUCAAACUCUUCCGUUCCUUCCUCAUCGCCCCACGGUUGGAUGGGAAGCUUAUCAGGUGGGUGACGGUAGGAAGGCAGUGGAUCCGGAGCCAGGGAGGUGCAGAAGAACAGAUGGGAAGAAGUGGCGGUGCUCCAAGGAGGCCUUCCCUGACUCCAAGUACUGCGAGAGGCACAUGCACAGGGGGAAGAGCCGUUCAAGAAAGCCUGUGGAAUUGUCUUUGGCCACCACCCCAAUCUCCUCCCACUUCCCUCCUCCCACUGCUCCUCCUCCUCCUCCUCCUCCUCCUCCUCUCUCACUCUCCACACCUCAUCACACCCACCACUUCCUGUUCCCCUGCUCCUCCUCCUCCUCCUCCUCCUCCUCCUCCUCCUCCUCUUCCUCCUCCUCUUCGAGGCCUCCUCCCAUGAUGGCGCACUCACAACAGGAUGACUCUUCCGGUUACAGGAGCAUCCUUGGAUUCAGGCAGGAUGUGAACGAACACCCUUUCUUCUCAGAAGCCUGCAGGGGUGGCAGGGAGAUGCCGUUCAGGCUUGGCCCAGUGGAGGAGGAAGAGAAGCACUACUUCGUGCUUGGUGCUGAUUUCAAGACACAGAGAAAAGGUGAGGCGGAGAGGGAGGAGCCAGCACAGAACCUGAGGCCAUUCCACUGCUUUCUUGAUGAGAAACCAUCGAGGGUGGUGGAUUCUUGGUUGGGCAUGGCGGUGGAUCAGUCGAAGCAAGCGCCAGACCUGAAGACGCGGCUCUCCAUCACCAUUCCUGUGGCGAAUCACGACAUGCCUGUGACUGCGCCGCCGUGUUACAGUGAUGGUUGAGUAAAAGUCUCAUGGCUGCGCAUGAUUUGCCUCUCCUGCCGACAGAUAUAUUGCUGAGAUGAACGAAGAGCGGUUGCUUUGUUGUUUUCGGUUCUCUCUCUGUUCUUAAACUUGGAAAGACCUUCUCGAGUUCCAUGUAUCUUCACUUACCUGCUUAAGAUGUGACUUCUCCUCACUUGGCUCAGUUUCACUGGAUUCA